AAACCACAGGCAGCCACAUUGCUCUCUUGAGUCACCGAGUACUUUCGGACACACUCUCACACUCAUCAGUCACACACACAUGCACACACUCCACAGCCUGGCAGCCUGCAUAGCCAGCACACUCCAGGAUGACAUUGUACUGAAACACUGCAAGGCAAUCUCAUCAGUUUGGUAAAAUCUCAAGUGCAACCAUGCCCAUUCUGAAGAAGCUCCCAGGAAGGUCCAAGAGCUGCCAUGAGUUCCCCAGAGUGAACGGUGAACUGAUCCUGCCCCGGCUGGACUUGGACCUCAGGGACUUGAAUGAUCUCAAUGAUCUGAAGGAGCUGAACGACCUGAAGGACCUGAACAAGAACCUGAACCCCUUUGAGGAUGUGGACCUGGAUGAGGAAGAGAGGCAUGGAGGUGACAUGGGCCUCAUCAUGGGGGAGGUCAGGGGCAACCUCCAGCUCAGGUCCUCCCGUGACGGCGAGGAGGAGGAGAACGAGGUAAACGCAGAGAGGCACGGGGCAGGGAAUCCCAAAGGGAAGCCCCUCAGGGGGACCCUGGAGCGGAUCUGUGGAGUUUCGCCCCUCAAAACCCUUGGGAAACUGGGGAAGGGACUCCGCAUAUCAGGACGCAAUGUGUGGGGGAACAACUAUCCCCACUACAGCCCUGGAGACUCAAAGACUCUCCCACCAGAGAGGGAGAAAAGGAAAGGACUACGCAGGGGCUCCGAAGGAAUUAUGACUCUGCUCCGCUUUACAGGCCGACGUAAGGAGGAGCGCAGAGAAAGCCUUCCCUGCGGAAACCUGAGCACAGACAGUGAGGCGGAGGCUUCCAGGCGGCCCUCCUUCCUCAGGAUGGUCAGUCUGGGCAAGCUGAAGAGGGAAUCCAUGUCAGACAAGGCAUCCCAAGAGACUGAGGAGGAAACAGAGGAGGAGGAGACAGUGGUGAAAACCAGAGAGCCCCUCUCAGUACUGGAGAUCCUUCAGUUGGUCAACCACAGGGACCUUCUCCUGGCCGACACACAUAUUCAGGAGCUGGAGCGAGAGUGUGAGCUGCUGUCUCUCCUGCCAACUACAACUUCCCCCACCCUCACUCCUACCCUUUGUCCCAGCACCCCUUCCGGCAUGAUCCUCUUAUCAUCCUCAUCCUUAGAUGAAUCCCUCAGCUCCAAUGCAACACUGGACUCGAGCCGGCGGAAGGCUAAGGACGUGGAGCUCCUGUAUGAGGCCCUGCAGAGGGAGAUGUGGGAUGUAGUGCGGGAGUCCCUCCGCCAACCCAGCGCAGGUCCCAACCUAGGGCUGGUGGUGCUCGUGAUCCAACAGGAGGAGCAUGCUGAUGCUGCCUGGGCUCUGAGAGAGGAGACCAAGCCAGAAAAAGAGGUCCCCCAGAUCCAGCCUAGCCAGCGUCCUCGGCGACUGAAGGCAAAGUGGAGGCAGGCUGUGGCGGAGGCUGCAGACUGGAGCCUGCCACAUCAGGUAGACACCCAGGCGGGCCAGCUGGCUUCAUACCUGGAGCGCCUGAGGAGUCGGAUGGUGGAUGACCUGGACGCAGCAAGGAGGAACGCUGUAUCCAUUUACCCAGAGGAGUUUGCUGCAUUCCAGGUGUAUCUGGAAAGUUAUCACCGAGCUGUGGCCAAACGUCUUCGAACCAUUACGAGCGGCCCACUGCAAGUCACAGACGUCUAUGCACUACUGGACUGGUUCUACAACAUCUACAACAGGGAUGUCCUAGGAACCAUUGGCACAACCACACCGAUCAGCUAUGCUGCACUGGAACCCAUUCUGCCCCAAGACACUGUAGACAGGCUGGAACAAGACUGCAUCAGUAUUGUUAGGGAGAAGGUUACAGUCGAGCUUAUUCAGGUUCUGGAUGAAGAGGAGAGGCGAUGGGCCCAGACUCUGCACAUAGAAGAGUAUCAGUCCAACCUGGCACGCUCUAUCAUCCAGAGGUUGAAGGUGGACUUGGAUAGAUCUACAUCUGUAAACCAGUUUUUAGGGGCAAGAGUUGCUCGCUGUAGUCUAAUUGGACUGGCUGACUUUCUCUACAAUUUCCAGAGGAAGGUAGAGAUGUUUCAUGACACUCAGGCAGAAUUUGGAGACCGAGGGGACGGAUAUGUUUCCAGGACCAUAGCCCUGGUCAACUGUUGCCCUCCUCUCAGAUCCUUCGUGGAGCGCUGCAGGCAGUGUGACCCACAAGGCAGCGAGGAGUCAGCGCAGAGAGCCAACUCCUCCUUGGACAGGAUCAUCAACCAGUCAGUGAGGGUGCUGACUGACAGACUGUUUGAGCACAUCAGGCCUUUCUUUGACAAACUGAUCAAGAGAAAAUGGUUGAACAACACUGAGGCCUUUGAGGCCAUUGAAGCCAGCAUUAAACAACACUUCAAGAAGUUCCGAAGAAUGGACUGUCCACCUUAUCAGACGCUGGUGGGUGAGGUGCACCGGCGGGUCCUGGUGGAGUACGUCCGAGCCAUCAUGCGGGGACGGGUCAUCUGCACAUCCUCCAAAAUGAGGAAGAGGAUGGCUUUCCGCCUGCAAGAUGAGGCCAAACAGCUUAAAGGACUCUUUAAGGAUCUGGAAUCAAGUUCAUCCUGGUUGGACAGCAUCAUCUGCCACCUAGCUGACAUUAUUCUCCUGGAGGACACUCCAUCCAUCCAGAUGGAGGUUGCUGUCCUGGUGAAAGAGUUUCCAGAUAUACGGAAGAAGCAUGUCUCCACCCUGCUCAACAUACGCGGGAUGAUGCGGCAGGCGGAGCGCCAGGAGAUCCUCAACAUCGUCAAAGACUUUGAAUGCAGCAAUGUCCUUAUGUGCCGGGACCACGCCCUCUUCUCUGAAAUCCCCAUCACCUCGGAGGUGCACUGCAUCAGUCUGGGUCUCCUCCGCCUCGCCAUGACCGUCUCCAACUGGUUCUCAGAGCACCGCCUGAGGCGAAACCGCAGGACAAGUGCCAGAAACGCAACACCUCAACCUGCUGAGAGCCACAAUAUGGAAGACAUAAACAAAUUUCACAGAGAAGACUAGCUGUUGGUGUUAGGAGAGCAGUCACAGACAUACUGUGAAGAUACUGAUGAGAUGUACAUGCACCUUGACCAAAAACUGAUUGUACCAAAUGUUAUUACCAACCACGUAAAGAAACUUGACCUCAGGUACUCCUCGUACUGUACACGCUCACAGACUUAAGGACAUUUCUCCGUCUCCAGAUGUGCAUUUUUUAAUGGAAAUGUGAAAGACUGUGUAUUGUAAUAGCUCACCAUGACUUGUAGUAUUCUUAUGUUGAUCUACACACCUACAGAAGUAAACAAGUGGUAUCAAAUAUCCUCAAAAUGUAACUUCUUCAGUUAUCAGGAAUCUGAUGUAUUGCAUAUAUUUACCCAACCAUAUAUACCCAUGCUCUGGUAUAUAGUCCAUAUGUAUGUGAGGAUAUAGUGUAUGGAAACGUAAAUGUGUUGAACUCUCACUGUGAAUGAAAUGGAUCUGUUGCUGGAAACGUAAUAAAAACCCAUUGACUGGGUCAACUGAACAGAUUCAGCAGCUCUGUCGUUGUGAGUGUAAAUACAGAAAGGUUUUUGUCAGCAUACUGUCACAAUAAUGUCAGCUCUAAAAUGGAUAUCUUAUUGUAAAAUUCUCUUAUUCUGGCUAAUUCUAACUUUAGGUGUUGUGGCCCCUAAACAUGGGAGUGUCAGACAUCGAGUCUACAGCUCUGUUAAACAAUACAUAAGGCACUUUGACAAGCGGACAAGGGUCUGAGG